CUCCCUCCAAACCUCCAAUUCGGAUUUCUUGAAUCGCCGCUUCUCACUUACAGUAAGAAAUCAUGGCUGAAGAAGAAGAAGAAGAAUUUCACGAUGAAACGACUGUAAUUCAUUGCUACGAAAAGUUUCACUUGCACGGGUUUAAUUUUUUGUUUCUUGAUUCAAUUUUGGGUUUGUUUUUUUAGGUUACCAGUUCCAGAAGCUGGAAAAGUUCUAGGUUUAGUUGGACCAAAUGGAAUUGGAAAAUCUACCACUCUCAGAUUGUUGGCAGGGACGCUGCAUCCUAAUUUAGGUCGAUUCAAGCUGUGUGAUUGUUGCGGGGCAUGACCUUAGUGUUUUAGGUUACUUAUCUGACAUCAUUUACUGCUUACACGGGGAUUAUGGAGUUGUAACCCAUCCAUAUCCUGUUAAAGAUGGGCUUAAUACUUACAUGGAUGGAUCUCUCCCUCCUAAGACGACAAAACCUCGCCCAGAAUCACUUGAUUUCAAGGUUGCUGAGACCCCACAGGAGGGUGUAGAGUCACAUGCAGGGUUUAAGUACCCUAUGUUUGGUAUAUCGAUUCCAGGAGCAUUUAAGCUUCAUGUCAUGGAGGGAGAGUUCGCCGAUCCUCAAAUUGUAGUUAUGCUCGGUGAAAACGGGACAGGGAAGUCGACAUUUCUUCACGCGCUGGCUGGAUUCUUGAAACCUGACCAGUUGGACACUGCAAUGCCUGCAAUUACUGCGUCUUACAAGCCACAAGACUUGUAUCCAGUAUUUCCUUAUGCUCCUACUGUUAGAGCCUUGCUGCGUAAAAGAAUUCGUGACUCAUACAUGCAACCUCAGUUUGUGUCAGCUGUCACGGAACCACUCCAAGUUGAUAAAUUACUGGAAAAGCUGGUUGUGGAACUCUCGCCUGGAGAGCUCCAAAGAGUUGUAUUAUGUAUUUGCCUAGGGAAGCCUGCAGAUGUAUAUCUGAUAGAAGAGCCAAGUGCUUAUCUUGAUUCUCAGCAGCGUAUUACUGCCUCAAAAGUCAUUAAGAGGUUUAUCCACCAAGGGAAGAAGACUGCUUUUGUUGUCGAGCAUGAUAUGACAAUGGCGACUUAUCUUGCUGAUCGAGUGAUUGUGUUUGACGGGACACCAUCUGUUGACUGUACUGCAAAUGCUCCUCAGUCUCUGUUGUCAGGAAUGAACCUUUUCCUAUCUCAAUUAGAUAUUACAGUUAGACGGGAUCCAACCAACUUCAGGCCCUGGAUUAACAAAUUGGGAUCCACUGAAGACAGUGAACAGAAAGCUUCUGGGUCUUACUAUUACCUCGGUGACUAGGCGUAAUACAUGUUACAGAGAGAACGAGCUUUGAAGUCGAAUGUACUUCUCAUGGAAAUAAGGUAAGAAAUGGGUCAUGUAAUUAUCUCACUAUAACUAAAUAGUGUUGCUGUUUAAUUAGCAGGAAAGAAGCUGAAAAGGGAGGUGGUCUUUUGGAUCUGAUCAUUAUAAACAAUUAUUCUCGUGAAAUACUAAAUAGAGACUAGGUUUUUCUUUCCUGUGUUCAUGUGCAUACUCCAGUCUGGUUCUUAGGAAUUUUCAGCGAUGGUUUGUUUCAUAACACGCUUCCAUUGCUUGUACUAAUUUUAGUUACACAUAUGAUCAGAUUGUGAAUUAUUGUUAAUCAUACUGUAAUAUCAAAUUAUCUAUUCGAGUACCAGUGCACUUUAAACCUU